AUGCCCCAAAAUACCUCAAUACCUGGAGCCUGGAAUGACUCAUGGGAUAGCCCUGAUCCAGCCAUCCAUGGACUCGACGCUUCUAUCCCAUUCGAAGAAAGCCCUCACUUCACUCCUGUCCAUGACGGAUUCUAUGAAUAUUACGAAGCUCUUCUUUCUAUAGAUGAAGUACCGCCACCUUAUAUUCCACGCACCAAAGCGACCCAUGAGUCUAAUACAAACAACCCCUCAGUCCCGCGACGAGAUUCUGGAUACGAAGAUAUAGAAUCUUCUCCUACGACCGACUGGACGCAUAUUCUCGAGUAUCUCAACUCAAGUGACGACAAUGAUACCGUGCAAGACAAAUCGCCGCCUAUCGUGAUAGCAGUCUUCGGGCAAACCGGUACUGGGAAGACUUCCCUAAUCAAAGCCGUGACUGGGGAAAAUCUCCAAGUCGGCCACAAUCUUGCAUCUUGCACCGAAGACGUCCUCGCCGUCCCAUGCCGCAUAAAUGGCAAAAGUGUAGUCCUCGUCGACACCCCCGGCUUUAGCAACACAAAACUAAGCGACACCGAAAUUCUUCGACGUAUCGCUGCAUGGAUGGAGGAAACCUACGACGAGGGUCUCUUACUGUCUGGAAUCAUCUAUCUGCAUCGCGUCACCGAUUUCCGCAUGGAAGGUCCCAGCCUCAAGAAUCUGCGCAUCAUGAAAAAGCUGUGCGGAGAAGGGUCGUUGGUGAAUGUGGUUUUGGCGACGACGAUGUGGGAGAAAGUGAGUGAAGAAGAGGGGGCAAGACGCGAGGGGGAGCUAAAACAGAAGUUUUGGAAGGAGAUGAUCGGCUAUGGUUCUACGGUCAGAAGGGUAAUGACGGGAAGGGCGGAUGAUGCUCGUGCGUUGGUCAAGUCAAUGUUGAAUAAUAGGCCAACGCCGACUCGAAUCCAAGAGGAGCUGCGUGAUGGGAAGAUUCUAUUUCAGACAGAGGCAGGAAUCGAGAUCAGAGAUGAGCUAGAAGGACUGGAGCAGAAGCUAAAAGAGGAACACCGCUUGGAAAUGAAGGAAUUGAAAGAGGCGCAAAAUCAGCGUAAGAAACUCUCUUCUCGAUGCCGAAAAAAAGGGGGAUCAGGCUGA